AUGUCGAAAUUCAAACCGGUGGUCAAGGGGAAAGGCAAAGCAAAACCAAAAGCUAAACCAAAAACGGUCAAAGAGAAGAGUAAACUUCGAGCAAAUUUAUCGCGGCAGGGUGACAUACUUCGCGGAGCCAAACUUCCAGUACCUACAAAUACCAAAAGUAAAGUCGCGAAAAACCCAAUCAUUAUAGAUCUAACAUCUUCCUCACCUCCUCCUCCCCCUCCUAUCGAAAAACCCUCUCCGCCUCCCCUAAAAAUCAUCGCAGCACCGCAUAAACACAAACAAAAACACAACCUCACUCUCUCUUCCUUAUCAACAAGCGAGCAAUCUCCCGGUCUCCACUCUCCCAUAACCCGCUCGCUUUCUCUCUCCCUCUCAAAACCACUUGGUCCUGCAGGUGCAUUCAACAUCUCAACUCGGAAAACCACUACUGCUACCCAGCCUCCCGAAUAUUACAUCCAAUCGCAGCAUAUUAAAGAAAUCACACCGGGCACCAUCGUGUGGCUCCCGUCGAAAGAAGAUAUUGUGCAUAAUGCGUACGUGGAUCCGAAGUUGCAUGUUAAUGCAUUUGAUCACCCUGCUGUCAUUGUGAGUAUGCCGAACCCGGCGAAUGGGUUUUCGGUGGUGGAGAUUGCAAUUAUGACCUCCCUCGGCUCCCGCACUCUCCACGAAACUAAAAAACUCGGCCACCGAUCCUUUCUCUUCCGAGUGCGCACCACACAACUCCCAAGCGCAAAAGUAGACAUCACGUUGAAAGAUGGGAAAGGAAUGAAGGGGAAAUAUAGCUUUGUCAACUGUCGCGAGUCGUGGCGGGUGCAAAUCGGCACGUUGGGAUUCUAUACAAGGGGAAGGGAAGUAGGGGCGGGGAAGGAAGUAGAUUGGUUAAGAUUGACGACGGCGAGUUUGGAGAAAUUGAGAGCGAGCAUCGGAAGUGGGAAAGGGUUGUGGGGAUAA